GUGCUCAUUUAUUACUACCUUCAACGACCACGUUCGAAAUCCACAAUGACAUGGCCCGGGAUUUGGGGCUGGACAUCAUCCUUGCUCGCCUUCAUCAAGACCCAACUCGUGAUUCUGCUUCUCCGUGUUCUUUCUGCGGGCCCUAUUCCACGUCAUAUAGCCUUCGAAAUGGAUGGUAACCGCCGCUUUGCACGUCUCACUGGCCGUCACGCGGUCGAGGGUCAUUCAGACGGGUUUCAUACACUUAAGCAGAUAUUAGAGAUAUGCCUGCGUCUUGACAUACGCUGCGUCACGGUCUACGCCUUUGCGAUCGAAAACUUCAAUAGGCCACCUGACGAGGUCGAUGCACUCAUGAAACUAGCAGAAGAGAGACUCGUGGAGAUUGCACAGAAUGGUGCUCUCUUAAGCCAAUAUGGCGUACGCCUCAAUGUCCUCGGCCAUCGUGAGCUACUACCUAUCCAUGUUCAAGCCGCCAUUGAUAAAGCGGAGGGAAUGACGCGUCAGAAUAACAGAGCAAUAUUGAAUGUCUGUGCACCGUACGCCUCGCGGCAUGAGAUGACAUUAGCGGUACAAUCUGUCGUACAGCAGGCCCUCGAUAAAGAGAACUUUGAUUCUUCAUUGAUUACAGAACAAACUAUCGAGGACAACCUCAUGACUUCGCUUGGGGGCAGCCCGCCGCUCGACAUUUUCAUCCGCACGAGUGGUGUGAAGCGAUUGAGCGGUUUUCUGCAAUGGCAGUGCUGUGAAAAUACACAGAUUCAUAUGGUAGAUACCUAUUGGCCCGAAUUUGGCCUCUGGGAUUUUGUACCUAUUUUACUAGAUUAUCAGCGGAAGGUGUGGGCACGAUCGAGUAGCUGAAGGUUUGGGCCUAGGUGCGAGACUUAUCAAAAUUUCUACUAGGUGUUCGCUAGUGUGUUGGGCAUUGUAGUACCAGAUAUUCUGAAUUCACUGUGUCCUUCACUAAUAUUGCUUGGUCAAAUUUCUUGCUGUUUUCUACCUUGGUUGGGUCCCAGAUGCUAGGACCCUGUAGCUGAUCAUUCUAAUCAUAUAUGAAACAAGUGGUCACUGGUGACAAAAGAGAAUCAUUCGGGAUUUCCCGUUAUUUGUGCAUGUAGACGAUCUUGCAAGCAAGGUGAUGUCCUCCGC